AGGAGGAGGAGAGGAGAGCUGUGGGUGUCCACCACCAGCUGCUCUUAAAUCCUGCCAGGGCAGGUAGGGUCAGUGUGAUUCAACUUGUCCCUGAGGGGUGCAGAGAGGACUCUUCCUGUUCCUUUGCAGCUGAAGGAUGAUGGCUGAGCCCUGGCAGGCCCUAAGCCUCCUGCUGGCCAUUCUAUUGACUCUGAUGACCCUCACCUACCAAGCAAGGAAGAAAACCUUUCUAAGUGUCCAUGAAGUGACGGCAGUAGAAAACCAUGCGAAGGACACCUUGCAAUGGAUCACCGACCAGUACAACAAGGAAAGUGAUGACAAGUACCACUUCAGGAUCUUCCGAGUCCUGAGAGUCCAGAAGCGGGUGAGUGUAUGACUUCCCGCCUCUCCCCAGGCCUGAUACGUCCACAUCAGGCGGCCACUGGUGUCAGAAAUAGUCCCACUCAAGGGAAAUUCAACCUUGCUUAGUUUGAAGUGAGCACUUUAAGAGAAGCAUAAAUUCACUAGGGUGAAUGAAGUUACGGCACUUAAACGAAACCCAGGGCCAGGGAUC